CUCGAAAUGAAGUCCAUUAGAAGUAACUCAAGUACUCAACCCAUUUAGCCGAAGAAUCUUCUUCUCCCAGUUUCCCAAAACCUUAGCUAACUCUCUUCUACCAGUCACUCUGAGCUCAACAUAUCUCCAGAAAUCAACAAUGGCUACCUCAUAUGUGUCAUCUUCAACAAGCCCAGCCCUCAAUUCCUCCAUUUUUGACCACUAUUUUUCUUCUCGCUCUUUCGACUCUACCUUCCUCUCCCUUCCCUUCAAGCCUCUUUCUCCCAGGAUUUUGAAAGCUACUAACACUUCCGGAAAAAAUCGCUCAAGUUCGACUGUAAAAGCUUUGUAUUCCAAUGGAUUUGGAACUCCUCGAAGAAAUGAACGUUCUGGAAUUUGGUCCAUCAGAGAUGAUUUGUUGGUUCCUUCAUCUCCGUAUUUUCCUACUUAUGCGCAAGGACAAGGACCACCUCCUAUGGUAGCUGAGAGGUUUCAAAGUGUCAUUACUCAGUUGUUUCAAUAUAGAAUUAUCCGAUGUGGUGGUGCGGUUGAUGAUGAUAUGGCUAACAUAAUUGUUGCUCAACUUCUUUACCUUGAUGCUGUUGAUCCUACCAAGGAUAUAGUAAUGUAUGUGAAUUCCCCUGGAGGAUCAGUUACAGCUGGUAUGGCAAUAUUUGACACUAUGAGGCACAUCCGACCUGAUGUCUCCACUGUAUGUGUUGGACUUGCAGCAAGUAUGGGGGCGUUUCUUCUAAGUGCCGGCACCAAAGGAAAACGGUACAGCUUGCCUAAUUCAAGAAUUAUGAUCCAUCAGCCUCUUGGUGGUGCACAGGGUGGCCAAACUGACAUAGACAUCCAGGCAAAUGAGAUGCUGCACCACAAGGCAAAUCUUAACGGGUACCUGGCUUACCACACUGGUCAAAGCUUAGAAAAGAUCAACCAGGACACUGAUCGUGAUUUCUUUAUGAGUGCUAAAGAAGCCAAGGAAUAUGGUCUCAUUGAUGGUGUCAUCAUGAACCCUUUGAAAGCACUGCAACCACUUGCUGCUGCGACUGCUGAUCAGACAUCGUGAUAGCUGCAGAGGUUUAGUGUCUUAUGCUAGUAUAGAAACAUACUGCUCCUCAGUGUCAACUAUGACUGAAAGCGCACUUUCUUUGCUAUUCAUAAACUCUAAAGAUGUUAGACGAUGAGGAAAUAGCUGCUAGAAGAAUUGUUCUGGUUGGUGGAAAGCAAUUCUAAUCUUGAGACAUCAAAGUAUUCAUCUAUUGUGCACUUAUGAUGGGAAAUCAUGAUAUGAAUUGAAUGUUAUUGUAGUUCGCUCAAAUUGUUUGCAAGUGAUAUGAAUUUUUUGAAGUCCUUAGCCCCCUGUACCUCAAAUACAUUGAUCAUCCAUAUUUCAUGUGAUAUACUAUGCAAUGUUUUUCUUAAA